AUGGUGAGCGAGGACACCGAGAAGGUGAUUGCAUCGCUGCUCGAUGAGCUCGUGGCCGAGGUUGCCGAGGUGGCGGAAGUUCGUGACGAGGCGGAUGAGGAAGAGCUUCAGAAGGAGCUGGAGAAGCUGGUGAUUGAGCGUAGCAGCUCGCCGUUGCUCGAGGACACCGGCACAUGCGAGGCCGCCGAGCUCGAGCUGCGCGCAGACGGCUACGGCGCGGCACGCGGCGACGACGACGGGCCGCAGGUCUACAGCCUGCCGUUGAACGAGCUGCGGCGGCGCGUGGCCGACGGCGAGGACGCGUGGCCGGGCGAGGCGCAGAUGGCGUGGGAUCAGCGCGUGAUGCGCGAUCUAUGA